AACGUAAAGUUAAAGAAUAAAAAAAAAAUUAAAUUAAAAAAUAAUUUCUGCAAUAUAAAUAUGUCCUCAAUCCACAUCUAAUUUGUCCCAGUGUGCGCCUGGAAAAACUUCGUUCCAAAACAGCUGAUUGUUUGACGUCUGUCAUCUCCGGGUUGUUUAGGUUGUUUACGGUCGUUUUGCGUGAGGAAAGUUGUGGAAAUUCUCUCAAUUUACUGUGUUUUACUGUUUAAAAAUCCGUUUAAAUCAAUUUUACAAUCAAAUCAUUAGCAAUUCCCGCUGUGCCAAUAGAAAUACAAAUUAAGGAGCUGCUGACUGUAUCGUAUUUCUCGAUAUCCUGACGGCAAGGAUUCACCUCCUUCCGGUGUGUCCUUCAGCUGGAAUUAGCAAUAAAACCAUGGCAGAUCCUAACCGAGCGAAGGAAAUCUCCGAAGAGCCUCCAAUGUCGAGACUUUUCAUCAUUUGCGGUAAACAGAUCACGAAGGAACAGCUGAUAAAGCAUUUCGAACCGGACGGAUCGAUUGAGGAGUGUGUGGUGAUAACGGACCGCAAAACGGGCCAAGGCAAGGGUGUUGCUUACGUAAAGUUUGCGAAAACGUCGUCCGCUGCUCGUGGGCUUCGAAAAAACGGUACCAUCGUGGAAGGUGAUACACGCCCGAUAAAAGUGAUGAUUUCUGCCAGCUACAAUCGUGAUAAACAAAGUGAUACAUCGGCGGACGUCAACGAAAAUCAUUUCCUACGCCUCUUCGCCAUCGUACCGAGCAGUCGAACGGAGGAACAGCUGAAGGAAGAGUUUGGUUGUCAUGGAACGGUAACGCAGGUCCGGCUCGUACCGGACAAAAAGAACGACAAGCAGUGUGCGGCAUACAUAAAGUUCACCUCCUUCCUCGAAACGGCACUAGCCAUCGAAAACUGUAAUCCGCAGUAUAAAGCGAAAUUUUGUGUCCCACGCAGUAAGCUGCAGCAGGAACGGGAACAGAAAGGACAGCCGGCGGUGGAUUCGGCUAGCCGGAAGCGAGCACAUUCACCGGAUCGAUUAUCGGCCGUGCGAGGCGACACAAAGCUGGUCGUAAUCUGCAGUAAUCAGCUUAAUCAGGAUAGACUGUGGCGUCUGUUUGACAUCUGUCCUGGGAUGAAGUACUGCAGCAUUAUCACGGCGAAUGAAAUAAACAUAACAGCGGCGGCAGUCUAUUCCAGUCGCGAAGAGGCACAACGAGCGGUGGAUAAAAUCCACGGCCUAGAAUAUCCAAUCGGAGAAAGGAUCAUCGUUCGGUUUGAGGAGGAAUUCAAAGAGGAAAUCAUUACGAAGGAUGCCUUAUCGCAGUUCGGACCACCGAAACCACUCGUGUCCGAACUAGUGCAGUGCGUCAAGAAAGCGUUCUUCAUCUGUAUGCCCGAGGCGGUUUCCGUAAAGCUCCUGACGGAUGCAUUUUGUCGAUUCGGGGAUCUUAUCAAGGUGUAUCUUGUACCAGGGAAAAGGCACGGCUACGCGGAGUUCGCCAGUGAUAUUGCGGCAAACCGUGCUAUUCAGCAGCUCCACGGAAUGCAGUUAGGUGAUUGCCGUCUUAAAGUGCUGGAAUGUGCCGAAUACACAGGAGAAAAUAAGCGAAACAGGAUGGAGCAUUAGGAACCAGGACAAAACCAUUACCAUGGGUAUGUAAUCAUGAUGUUUUUAACCAGAAUUGCAAUACAAAUUGUUGGAGAAUACACAACAACGAACUAACACAACUUUGGAAUACUUCCCGGAUGGAAAGCUAAACCUUUUGAAUUAGAAACCUUGAAUUGCUACACCAAUUACAAUUUAGAAACGCCAAUACAAUUGGUAGCACUCUAAAGAUGAGCCUAAACUGGAAAGAAGAGUAAAAGAAAAUGAAUUCAACUUCAACUACAUCUGAGCUACAUCUUGUAGGAAUUUGGAAAAAAACCUAACAAUUUUUGUAGAAAAGAAUGGAAAAGAAAACGAACUAAUUGAAAUAAUAGUGCUGAUUUAAUCGAAUAGAACCCUUCACUAUUUAUUCUCCAAUAUUACGUACUUAGUUCUUUGCUUAGGUCAGUAUUUUAUAUUUAACCGCAUCUAUUAGACAUUCUAUAUUCAAACCCGAAUCCAUAUUCUGUCUGCUCUCUUGGAAUUGCGAUCACAAAAUAAAAUUCACAAGAUUCGCCAUGAUACUUAGUAAAAA